AUGGUUGAGACGGACUGGAGGGAGAUUCUGAGUUUCUCUCAGAGGGAGCUCGCCCAAGCCGACAAAGAGAAAUUGUGCGAAAGUUUGUCGUGGAUGGAAGCAGACGAUAUCGAACUCAACUUCACCGAUUUAAAAACAUUAUUCAGACUCUCUCAAGAUAUUUUAAAAUACAAAAACGAACAGGUCAACAAUUUGCUGGGUCAAUUAGAAACUUCGAAAAGAAAAGCCGGAAAAGAAAAAUCUAAAAGUACUUAUAUGGAAUCUCCUACUAAAAGCAGUGACAGUCUAUUAGAAACAAUAGGACAUCAAGAAGAAAUUAUCAAAGCCAAUAAAGAAAUACUGGAGCAAUUGUAUGCAGAUAUAGCUGAACUAAAAGGUCUUAAGAGUAAGCUGGAAAAUGAUAAAACUAAUUUUGAUAGAGAAAGCGAAUCUAGUCGUGACGCUUUUUCUGAAAUGAAUGCUAUGGAAGAACUUGAAAGCGAACUAACUAUGAAAAACAAACACAUAAGAAAACUAUUAGGUGAUGUCAAAGUUUUAGAAGAAGAAAAUACGAAAUUGAAGGAAAAGGUUUCUGUGUUAAAAGACAAACUUACUGAAGCUACAGGGCUCAUUGAGAAUUUAACUGAUCAACUUUUUAGUAUUAAUAAUGAGAAUUCCAGUUUAAAAGAAAGUCUAGGGAAGUCUGAACAGGCAAAAGUAAUGUUAUCUAAUGAGAUAGAGAAUUUAAGAAAAGAACUUUUCGAAAAGGAAUCUACAAGAGAAAACAUUUAUGAAGAAAUAAAAUCCAAGGUUCUACAUUGGAAGAACAUAGCGCGAUCCAAAAAAUCAGAAAUAGAUGUAUUGCUACACGAAAAUACACGACUAAAGGAAGAUCUUAUUCACGCCUCACAAUCUCGACCAUCUCCUUCAAAAGUAAAGAGAAACACUGCAGAAGAGUCAAAAAUAAGAGAAUUACAAGAGAAGUUAUCCGAAGCUACAAAUCAAAUUUUGGAAUCUGCUAAUUUCAUAGAUUUGUUAAAAGAAGAAAAUAAACAUCUUAAAACCAUGCUAGAAGAAAGUCCUGAUCAUUCAAUCUCUGAUACUAAAAAUGAAAGCGAUGACAGUAAAGAAAGAAUCAUGAUUAAUAAACUAAAACGAAGAGUUAAAAGUUUAAAUGUAGCUUUGCAAGGUGCAGAAGAAAUGAUUGCAGUAAGAGAGAAAGAGUUGACAGAAAUAACAGCACAAUUACAGCUGCUCAGAUCAGACGAUGGCAUAAAUUCUUUACUGGAAGGUUUAAAAAAUAAAAAACGCAAAUUAAAAUCUAAAGACGAAGGAAUCAAAUCUCUCGUGCAGGAAAUAAAUACUUUGAACCAACUUGUAGAUGAUUUACAAUUGGAAAAUGAAACGAUGAGACAAAAAUUUAACAUACCAGCGGAUGAAAAAGUUUCAACCAAAGGAAUUCUGAAGAAAUAUCGUGAUUUAGAAAGAAAUAACGCGCAAUUGGUCAAAGAUCUUAGAAAGUUCGAAAAUAAACUCGUCACAGUCGAAUUGCAGAAUCGUAGUCUAAAUUCUACUGUGAACAAAUUAAUUAAGCAGUUGAAAGGAAUGGGAUAUAAUCAGGACAAAGUAAAUGAUAUUUGUCAAAGUACUGACAGCGACGACGAUGCAAUGCCUGUAGAUGGUAGUGGAGAGGCUUCAAAUAUAAUAAGUAAGCGCAAAGAAUCUCAAGAACAAACCGAAAUUUCAAAUCAAGAAAUGGAAACUAUAAUUGAAGAAAAUGAAGGACUACGGAAAGGUCUUCAAGAAAUUUUGAACUUUUUGAAAGACAAUAGCACGACUACAUCAGGAAUACUAGCGUUGCAAUGCCCUAGUUUGGAAGCUAUAUUAAAUUCUAUGGAAGCUCGGCACGCAGCCGGGUGGUUUGCACCUCACAUGACAACUGUGAUGGAGCUUAAAGCUGCCUUAGGUGGCAAAGAUGCAUUGUUGACUGCUCUGCAUGAAGCAAGGAAGGAGACUUUUGAUGUUAUGCAUAAACUAUCUAAAGAAACAGAAAAGUCUCGGGAACUGGAAGAGAAAUUACAAGAUAUGAACUCAAAGAUUAAAACUACAACAGAACCGGAUUCUAAAGAACUGAGUACAAGCUUAAACUUAGGAGAGUUUGGAACAUGGAUGUCGGAUAAUGAGCAGAUUAUAACAGAUUUCAAUGACAAAAAUAGUAUAGAAGAAAUAACAAAGAAAAGAAAUAAUAUUUAUGAGAUUCAAUUAAAGAAUGGUUUGUUAUACUUUCAUGAUAAAUUCAAAACUCUCUUUGAAAAGAUGACUUCUAUUGCUAUACAGACAGCUGAUAACCAGAACAAAUGGACUGUUCAAGAGGAAAAGUACAAGGCAGAAAUUGAAAAUUUAAAGGCACAAGUAUGUCAAGAUGUUGAAGAAGAUAUAAGUGAUAUAUCUCCCGGAAUAGUGAACCUUCCUAGUGCAAGUUUUUUACAAAGAAAAUGUUCGUAUUUGGAGGAAUCUUACAAAUAUAUUAGGACUCUAAACGAAAACAUGAAAAAUGAUUAUUUAGAAUGUAAAAAGGAUACUAUGAUAAUGGCAACAGAUUACGAAUCAGAAAUUCAGAAAUUAAUUCUUGCAAUUACAAAUCUGACUGACAAACUACGCAACUCGAUACCUAUCGAAACCUUUUGGAAACAAAAUGAAAUACUAAAUGAAAUAAAUAUAAAAUAUAGGAAACUUAUAGAAACCGAUGUCAAGCAAAGAAUUGAGGUGAAUGAUUUGUUUAAGCGCUUGGAAGAUGAUAAAGUAGAUAUAAUCAAUUAUUUCAGCCAACAACUGAAUGAAAACCAGUUAAAAGAAGGUGGAAAAUUUAAAAUAAUAAUGUCAAAUAUUGAACAGUCAAUAUAUUCGAAGCAACUUCAACAAGUGUGCACUGAAUUAGAUAUAAAGAACAAGCACAUUGAAUUCUUAGAAGCAAAAAAUACAGGAUUACAAGAAGCUCAAGCAAAAAUGAUAGACGAAACAUUAUCUGGUGCAACAAAAGAAGAAGUGAAUGUUAUGAAAGACCAACUUGAGAAAUUAGCUGAAGAAAACAAAAUCUUAAAAGAACAAUGUCAACAUGUAGAGAGUCAAUUAGAAAUUGCUUUAUUGCAGUUGCAAGAUAGCCAACAAAGACAGUUGAGUUACGACAUGGAAAUCAAUAUGUUAAGACACCAAAUUCUUGAUUUACAAUCUGUUGGUGACAACAAAGCCAUCGUUGCGAGGUUGAGCGGAGAAGUUCUUGUAGCACAUUUACAAUCAUCAGAAAGUCAUAAGAAAAUAGAAAGGCUGAAUACAAGUUUAAAUAAAGAAAAGCAACUGAGAGUUGAAGCUGAGGAAAUGUUAAAGGCUCGUCAAAAGAUCUUCGACGUCUACGCUUUCAGAUAUGAAGCUAGGUUUCGAUACAUGUAUGAUGUGAUGCAAGUGCUUCGACAACAAUAUCAAGGAAGUUUUCCACUCGUGUCACUUGAGAAUUAUUUAAACACAAUAGAAGAAAUUUCGCGUAAAAGCCAUGACGUAGAUCAGAAACUCAACGAAAUUGAAGAUCUACAUUCGACAUUGAUGACAAAGCACAGUGUUUUCGAUCAAAUAUUGGAUGUAUCUAAAAAUAAAUGCUUGGACGAUGAAGAUAGUUGCCAGCACAAGUUGCAAAAUAUUGUCCUUCAAGGAGUACAUUCUCGAGACUUAGAUCAUUGCAAAAAGAAGUUAAAAAUCUUAGAACAAUCUCGCGAGGAAAUUUUGAGACGCUGUAAUUACUUAGAAAAAACUUUAGUGUUAACUAAUCAAGGAUUUGAAAAAACUUUUGAUGACAUAAUUGAACGAAGAAGCUCUUUCGUGAAAGACAACGAUCUCAAACUAGAAAUAGAAGAUGUCCAGUCUGAUGAUGAAAAUGAUGUUAGAAAAAGCGAAACCAUUACUUUACCAAAACCUCAAGUACUAAGAUCACCAAAGAGUAAUGUUGAUAUGACAAAGAUUGAUAAAAAUGAUAGUGUAGACGUGUUGAUGGGUUCUCCAAUUAGACCUACCCAGCAUACCAGCACUCCAAAAGUGGUAAACGUUCUCGUUCAAACUAUAUCUCUAGAUAGACAAACUCAAUGUAAUAGAUCAGUUCAAACAGUUGAAGAUAAAAACGAGAAUGAAUUAAAAUUGUACAUUAGAAAUCUUGAAGAUCACUUUGAAAAGAAAAAUCAAGAAUUGAAUGAGGUUAUGAAGAUGGCACGUCAACAAACCGAAGAAGCUUUAGUCUCAAAUAAGGAAAAAAACAAUUUGGAAUCACGGAUUCAGAGCCUCACUGAAACGUUAAACAAAAGAGACAGAUCUAAUGAAAGUUUGCAUGCAACUGUUGAUGAAUUGAGAAAACAAAUUGAUGACAUGAAGUCUGUACAAUACACUGAAAUAAUUAGGUCGAAAGAAGCCGCUAACGAAGACAAUAAAACUCUUAUAGCAGCUCUUAAAGAAUUUGAAAAUGAUAAAAAAGCUAUAGUUGCAGAGUACAAACAGCUGUUAAACAAUGAAAGAGAAGAGUAUUCAAAAUCUGUCAAGAAAUUGCAACUGACAAUUACUGAACUGCAAACUCAAUUAGAUAGGAGAGCAAGUGAUAACAACGCUAUUAACUCUGAAGCACUAAAAGAAGUAGUUUGUAAAUAUACUUUGAAAAUAACAGAACUUGAAGAUAAAUCUUUUAAAUUACAAAGUGAACUGGAUGGGUGCCGGUCGGAAUUAACGAUGUACCAAGGCGAAGUUAACCGCUGGAAAGAUUUGGCAACAGAACGACUAUCGAAGAUGGAGCAAUUGAAUUCACAGCUUGAAGAAAGACAUUGUCAUGAAGUGGAAUCAUACAAAGCAGAGAAUGAGCACUGGCUGUCUCAGCUGAAUGAUACUCAACGAGAACACAUGGAGUUGCGUUCAAGACUAACAGAGCAGAAGGCUGCAUUUGUAAAGCAACUAGCUGAUAAAGAUGCCCACAUCGAGCAACUGAAGUCUGUGGUGCAUGGGCUUAAGACUCAAAUAAUGAGCAUGCAAACAAUGUUGUCGAUAACGGAUCCAAGUUUUGACCUGUCAGCUAUUGUCGAAGUAGAAGAGGCAAGUGACGGCUUGUCACAACCUUCGGAGAGACUUGAGCUUAAGUAUGAUUCCUCCAUCGACCUGCAUGAGACGCAGGAUGACUUACGAGUAUCAACUACUUCCUCAACCUGGCAAGAGCCGUUGAUAGAACGUCUUCGUCGCGAGAAGCAGUUGACAGGAAAGCAGAAUGCUAUGUUGCGGCGGCAAAUAAAGGCUUUAGCUGCUCGUGAACGACGAGCCCGGUUGGACGCUCAGAACCUCAAGAACCAAGUAUUUCGUAUAAGCACAUCCGGCAAUAAGGUGGCGACGGCGGAGUCGGCAGCGUUGCAUAACAAGAUCGCGUCACUGCAGGCCCAGCUGAUGACAGCUCGUCGCGACACACACUCCACUGUCGCGCUCUGGGAUAAGUGGAAGAGAUCGCAACAAGCAGCCGAGCGAUGGCAAGCGCGAUUUGAGGAUAAAUGCACAGAAGUGAAGAAACUGGAAGCAAGCGUCUCUCUCGCUAAGUCUGCUGUGUCCAGACUUGAGAAGGAAAAACGAGUGCUUCUUUUGCGACUCAAUGAAGUCAAAAGUGAAAAAGUGCUAGUGAUAGAGAAGCAAGAUAGUGAGCGAUCAGAGAAGCGACGCAAUCAAAGCGAGGAUUUGUCGCCGAGUGAGCCAGGCGUGUCGGCGCGUGCGCUGCUCGAGCGAGUGCAGGCGCAGCAACGACGCAUUGUUGCGCUUGAGGCUGCCGAUAAGGGAAAUGAACACCUGGUUUUGGAGUAUGAGAAGGCGUUAGCAGAGAACACGUCCCUGAAAGGACAGGUACUGAAACUAGAGUCGACACUUUUGGAAGCUCAGAUCCGAUCGCCACUCAAACCGAGUCAGGCCCAGGACCAUACUGAACUUGAGUAUUGGAAGAGCUAUUGUGACAUGCUGAAAGAAGAAAAUGUGCAGUUGAAUUUGAAGGUGAACUCGAUGGAGACGACGCCCACCACGACGUACCAACAUCGAGUCAAUGACCUUGAACAGACGGUGCUCACGCUCAGGGGAUUAGUAAGCAAGUUACAAGCAGAGCAGAAGUCCACUAGUGUGCAGAGACGGCCGGACUCGCGACCCAGUAGCGACAGGAGUGGCCCUGAGAAGAGUCGCAUUCAGCUGGAAUCUUUUCGGAUUGAAAUAGCGAACUUGAAAAGAAGUAUACAGGACAAGGACUUGCUGUUGGAAAGAUCUAAGGAAAUGCUCAAGAUUGCAGCCGAGAGAGAAGACGACUUACUUAGAGAGAAUGCUAUGUUGCGUCGACAAGUGGAUGAACUUACCAAACAUAAACACGGCUUUUUAUCAGCUUGAUUAGGUAUUUUCAUCAAAAAAAUAUUUUUUUUUGCAUUUUACUUUAAAUGAUUAAUAAGUAUUUAUUUUAAGCGUCAAUUUAUUAUUUAUAUAACCAAUGAAAUAUAUGUAAUACUGGAAUGAGAUAAAAAGUAAAGAUAUAA